AUGUGGUGGUGGGGCAUAGUCAUUCUUCAGCUCUUAUUGUUGAGCUUGAUUCGAUUCACUAGAGCUUCAGAACCAGUGUUUGAAUUAACAAUCUCAACGGCAUGGCAGGCAGAAGAUGCUGGGAUUGAUGCUAGACAGCAUAGUCAAUGUCAAGCAUGGCAUGUUUAUUGGAAAACGCAGAACCGCAAUCAUGAUCUCUCAACCCAAGACAUCGAACUCCUCGCCCAACGCCGAAGAUCGAUCUCCAUUUACACUUGGAGAGACGCGAAUCGAUAUCAGGUCCCCGGAAAACUGCUUGAACAAUACGCGGCCGUCCACUUGAAUUGGGACUCGAUCUGCCGUUUUUACGCUAGAAUCCAUUGGUUUAAUAAUACACAGGAGUCUGCGAGGUUCGGUAUAAAUGUCGAUGAUUUUUGUGCGACACUUACAAAUGCAGCCAAUACUACAAUAACUUCCGAAAAUGAGGCCAAGAAUGGAACAAACCUACAAGAAGCUCUGGCAAAAAUGAUGGUCAAAGAAACGAGAUUUGAUCUCGAUAAUGAGCAAAAUGUGACAAUGCAGUCCUUACUGCUAAAUUCAACGGCCGAUUUUGAGCUUUUCCCUAAAAGUGUUAAUUUAAAUCGCCGCUUGCUGGAAAUGCACCAAAGUCUGGGAUUUUUGAUAGCGGGGCUUUGCGGAGAGGAUGCCCAACUGUAUAUGCCGCCCGACGAAAAUGAAGAAUUUUUCAACAGCCUCGCAUUUGACGUGAGUGGGCUGGGGUGGAAUGCGUCACAAGUGCGCGAAUUUAUGAGGGACGAAGAGGGCGGGUUGGAUCAUAUUAUGGGUCAAUUCGCUAAUAUCAGUGACGAGCGGCCAUUUCCAUCUACCCAAAUUAUUCCGUGGUUGAAAAGGGUGAAAUAUGAUCAGAGGACCCCACCCUCAAUGCUACCUGGCCAUAUCGUUAAAGUAAAAGUCGGACUCUUCGUCCAAUCCGUAUCCAAUUUUGAAUUAACCACAAUGGACUACGAUAUGGACGUUUGGCUCCGAAUGGCGUGGCGGGACAUCCGGCUAAGCCAUGGUCUCUCAAAACCUAUUUUGAUCAACGAAUUUACGUCGUUACGGCGCAUCUGGCGGCCUGAUCCGUUUAUAAAAAACGCAAAAGACGCCAAAUUCCAUCGCGUUACUUUUCUAAAUUUUUACAUGUUUAUAUUUCCGAAUGGAGAGGUUUUUAUGGAAUUGCGUGCCAUGUUGAAGAACAGUUGUCAGCUCGUUUUUUGCAAAUAUCCGCAUGAUGAGCAACGAUGUGGCGUGAAGAUCAGCUCAAUCGGUUUCACACAAGACCUAGUGCAAUUUGAGUGGUUUUCAAGACUUGAUGAUGCCAUUCGGAUGAAGACAGACUUGCAACUACCGGAACUUUUCCUCCUCGAACAUAACGCGAAUAAUUGCGACGGCCGGCGGAAAUCCGGCAAUUAUACUUGUGUUGAAGCAAGUUUUUUGAUGAAGAGAGAUACUGGCUAUCACGUCGCCCAGACUUACGUACCAACGUCGAUUUGUGUCGUUUUUAGUUGGGUGGGCGCCUGGUUGCCCGAGGAAUUUGUGGAAGGAAGAAUUCUGGUAUCGUUGACCGUAUUCCUAACCCUCAGUGCGGAAAAUAACGCAGCAAAAGAAGCACUGCCCAAAGUCUCCUACGUAAAGGCAAUCGAUCUCUGGUUCGGCUUCACCUCAACCUUCGUCUUUGCCACUAUGAUCCAAGCAUUGAUCAUCAUUUCACUCGAAAAUGAGAGCAAAAAGAUUAAAAAGAAAGCCCUCGCCAAUGAAGAAGCUUUUGGAAAGUACAUGCUGGCGAAGAUGCUUGUGAAAAGCCGGCGUUUCCAUAAAAUUGCUCGCGAUUUUGAUACGUUUUGCAAGGUUAUGUAUCCGGUGACUUUCAUACUAUUCCUGAUGAUCUACCGUUUUGUUAUUAUCGAAGGGGAUGACAACAAAUGCAUUCGGGAGGACCAAGUA